CUUCAUCAUUGUACUCGACCAAAGCACCAAGGAGAGGCAAGAGAGAGCUCUCAAACCAGCUUCCAUUGUUGCAGCACGAGCUCAAGGAAAAUGGGGUCCAAAGGAGAGGAUUAAAGAGGGAAAAAGUGGGGAAAAGUGUGAAUAAUUAAGGUAAUGACCUUAUUAUAACUUCUCUUUAUUUUUCUUUCUACCAUAUGAGGUAUAUAUCAUGUGAAGGACCCUUAGUAUGGUUCCACAUGUUAUAAGUAUGGAUUUAUGGGUAGGAAGAUGGUUCUAUGUCUAAGAACGGACUUAGGGACCAAAACUACCGGUUCACCGGAAAAUAACCUUUUAGGGGUUAUUUGUAUUGAUAUGAGUUUUAUGAUUAUAAAACCUUGUUAGUCACUUGUAAAGGCUAUUUCAAGUGAUUUCACAAAGUUGGAAAAGUCGCCGGAGUUGUCGCCGGAGUUGACCAAAAGUCGCCGGAGUUUCAUCGGAGUUCAACCAAGAAGGGUAGAACUUCUUAACGCUAGUUCAAGGUUGAAGCUAGGGCUUGCUACCUGCACCUUUCUACGGGUGACAUCAAGUCAAGGAAGACGUGGUUCGUGCUUCCUCAUUUCCUUUCAAAUUACUAAACAUUGCUCAUGGAUAUUUUUAUUUGUUAUAAACUACUUUUGGGGCUUGCAUGCCCAUGUUGUUGGCCGGUUGUGGCUUAUGACUUACCGUUGAAUAUUUCCGCUAUUCAUUGGUUUAAAUGUGAUGUUGUUACGUAUGUUUACUACUGAGUAUGGAUGGUUUAUAUUCUCGAACGCCUUGUGUAAUUAAGUGAGGUUGACUCGCGGGUGACGUCACUUGAUUAUACGGCGGUUGUACACGCGCUUGGAUUGCGGUCUGGGGCGUGACAAUCAUUGACAUAGUUUCCUAGGAUCAGUGUUGAAGACAAAAAUUGGAAACAAGGCAAGAGUUGAGGCCUCGAUCAAGGAAGGUUAUUUGCAAAGUGAGAUGGGUACAUUUGCGAGUUACUAUUUCCCGGAGGAAGUGGUUACAAAAGAACGCCGUGUGCAUAGAUUGGAUGAUGGUUUCUUUAUUAAUGAGGAUGCUAGCGCUUCAAUUUUUGCACAAAAGGCAAAAGCAGUCGGUGCCCGCAUGCGGCGACACAUGAACCAAAAUGAAUCCAGUGCAGUUCACUCUUAUGUGUUGCUAAACUGUGUAGAAAUCCAACCAUUCCGAGAGAUGUUUGUCAAUACAACAGGAUUAACUACUUCUGACGAAGCCCAACUACAAGCGAACUUUCCUUUAUGGUUUUACCACUACGUGGAAAACGACACAAUAGAUCAUCCACGAUGGCUUCGUGCUUUAUCUAGAUUCCCCUCUCCAUAUGUGACUACUUACCACACGCUUAACAUAAACGGCUAUAAAUUUAACACUAUUGAGCGUUCUGAAGACAGGGUUACAUGUAAUUGUGGGGUUAUGGUGAAGUGCACCGGUUUUGAUGGAUCGAGGCUCGAUUACUAUGGAUUGAUACAAGAAAUAAUUCAGUUGGAAUAUCAAGAAUACAAGGUACUUGUUUUCAAAUGUAAAUGGUUUGAUCCUUCUGAUAGAGGUACACGAGUCCAUCCAUUAUACAACAUAGUUGAUGUACACAUGCAACACGUACUUCGUACUCCAGAUUGCUAUAUUUUAGCAUCACAGGCCGAUCAAGUUGUGUAUGUACCGUAUCCGAGUGCAAAGAGGAAGGUCAACAGAUGGCAAUCUGUUGUUCAAUGCAUGCCCCGAGCUUUUGUGGAGAAGGAACGAGGUGAAGAAUCAAAUGAAGAAGAAGAAGAAGAUGAGGAAGAACCAUCAACAUUUAAAGAAAAUGAACCAGGAAUCUCAUUCUACAUAGAGUUAGAUUUUUCAGGGGCACAACAUAUCGAUGACCUUAGUGGUCUUCCUGCCACCUCGACUACUCCAGAGUAUAUGGAUGACGCAUUAGACGGAGCAUAUGACAAUGAGCAUGCAAAUAAUGACAAUGAUGUUGUCCAAGAAGAUGAUGUUGAAUGCACAGAUGAUUAAUAGGGUGACUGUUUUAUACUUUGGACUACCAUAUUUUUUUAGUUUUCAGUUUUGUAUGUGAUUUGAAUACAGAAAACAAUUCUUUAGGGUCUGUUCGUGAACUGCUUUGUUGAUUAAACGAUAAAACCUAUAGUGUUGAUUCAGUUUCUCUUAUUCGGAUAUCUCGAACUUCAGUACAUAACAACAAAGCAAUUCAAGUUGAUUCCGUUUAAGAAAGAAAUGAAUAUCCAUUUCUUAAAUAAUUUUGAGUCAACACUAAAAUCAAAACAGUUUUCAAAAAAGUGGAAAACAAACACUGAAAACAGGUUUUUGUUUUCUAAUAACUAAAAACAUAAAACUAACAACAAUAUUGAACAGGCCCUUAGUUUUCAGUUUUCAAUUUUCAUUUCUUUUCAGUUUUUAUUAUGAAACUUGAUUUAUUUUGUCAUUUCAUAAUUUUUCAUUUCUUUUUAGUUGAUAAUUUUUCAGUUUUUAUCAUGAUACUUGGUUAAAUCUUUUCAGUUUUCAAUUUUAUUUCUUUUCAUUUUUUUCACUUUUUAGUUUUUGCUAAAAAUUUGCUUUGGAUAUCUUUCCUUUUUCAGCACUAAGAUUUAUCCGGCAGCCUGUAUUUUUGGUGUGCUUAAUCAGCGCUCAUAUGCAGCCCGUGUUUCAUUGUUGCAUUUGGAUAACAAUUAUUAUAAGAAGUGUAUUUUUAUUUUAAAAGUUUAAUGCUUGGAUGACUGUUUGCAUUUCGUUUUAGUUGAGACUUACUGGUGAACAUAUAAAUCCCUUCAAACUCCGUGACACGUACCAUCCCAAGAAAAGAAAAAAUGGAGAGCUAAUUGAUUAUUCC